AUGGAGAAGAAGAGGCGAGCUCGUAUCAACCUUUCUCUGGAGCAGCUCAAGGCUCUGCUGGAAAAGCACUGUUCCCACCAGAUCCGAAAGCGCAAAUUGGAGAAGGCAGAUAUUCUGGAGCUGAGUGUGAAGUACAUGAAAAGUCUACAGCACUCUGAGCAAGGCCUCCCCAGCACCCCCAAGAGCGCCGACUACCAGGCCGGCUUCUGGAGCUGUUUGCAAGGCGUGCGCCAGCUUUUGCUGAGCCCUGAAGCAGCGGGUGACGCGCCGGCCUUCCCCGCGCAGAUGCCGGUCGAACUAGCCCUGGCCCUGCCUGCCGGGGAGCGCGGCGGCGGCGGCGGCUUCAGCACCACGGACAGCGGGCCCCCGCCGGCGCUGCCGGGCUGCCUGAAGGCGAGCGCCCCGAAGCCCCAGGCUCUGCGCCCUCCGAACGAGGACUCCGCCCCUUCGGCGGGAGGCCGGGGCCAGGCGAGGGGGCCCGAUGAACGAGGCCGCCUAGAGCGGGGUCAACAGCUGUGGCGACCGUGGUAA